UACAGCAAUGUCAGUGGAACCACAAAGUCCCUGUUUGGGUAAGUGUUUCCAAAUAACACAAAAGGCACACAGCUUUCCAAGAUGGAUGAAGAAAAUUUUUCAGACGAUUUCCGGAAAUAUAAAGGAGGAAGAAACCUGAUCCAGAGACCAUUCUUUCCCAUUUACGCACUACUGGGUAUCUCUUAUUUGCUAAUUCUCAUUGGCUUUGUGGUGGCCUUCUCCAAAGUCUCAACCAUUUCAUCGGAACUCAACAAGCUGACACUCAAUUUUUCACAGGAUCCCUUUGGCUUUGACUUCCACUUGUUCCCAUGUGGUGCUGACACUAGACAAUGGGAAUAUUUUGGUGGAAAGUGUUACUUCUUCUCCCUGAAGUCAAUUCCCUGGCAUGAAGCCAAGGCAUACUGCGAACGCAAACAGUCACAGUUGGUCAUCAUUGACAGCCUUGCGAAACAGAAUUUCAUACAGACUCGGACCAGGAAUGAACGUUUUUGGAUCGGUCUCCAUGACCAACAUACAGAAGGAGAAUGGAAAUGGGUGGAUGGCAGUAAUUACAGAACUGGCUUUAAGAAUUGGAAGGAAGGGGAACCCAACACUUACCAGGGUCGUGACGAGGACUGUGGCCAAGUUUGGAUUAAUGGGGAAUGGAAUGAUUUCAUCUGCACAUCUGACAGUUUUUAUGUCUGUGAAAAGCCCUUGCCGAGCAAAUCCAAAGCUGCAUCAAAGAGGACCUGAGCCCUGAAGCAGAACUUCUCAAAAGCUACUUGGAAGGAAAGACAGCAGCCCUCACACCAUGAUUGGCGGAACAGCACUAUACUUUUGCUAGGCAAAGAUCCCAUUUUAAAACUGAAUCAGUACCACAUUGUUAGCUCUGGAUUAACUGGCAAUUCUGUAGCUAAGUUAAAUUAAGCAUGUAAAUUUCCUAAGCAAUUGUUUCCUGCAAUCUGGAGGAACAAAAUGCUAAUCUGCCUUCCAAAGUCUGGGGAAGCGUUUCUGAAAUCAUAAUAUAUCGGAGAUAACUUUAAUGCCAUUAGGCAUGAUAUAAAUGUUGGGCAUGAUAUAAGUGUUAUUAGGCAUGAUAUAAAUAUAAUUGUUAAAUGGCAA